AUGACCAAAUUACCUUUGGUGAGGCUGCCGCCGAACGCGACCAUCCAUCGCCUGGGCACGGCAUCAACGGCUCGUAAGGAACUCGCUCUCUUGCGGUUCCCGCCAGCAGGAUGGACUAUCGACAGGGACACGACACCAGCUCGAGGUUGGGCUAUAGUGGGAGACUCGGAGGGCAGGCGAUUGGCCGUUGAGACUCUCCUCAGUCGACAUCGUAUUCAUCCUAUCACAUCUCCUCCUGGGCCAUUCCCAUACAUCACUCACAUCAGCACACCUCCAAGUCCGUUCUCAAAUGAGAAUGUGUUCAACACCUCAAAGCCCGUUCGACACCUUUCAUUCGCUCGUCCGCCUACAACGGGUGAAUUUACGGAUUUCACAGCUCGAUAUGGAGCCCUUCAAGAGGACGACAAAAUCACUUUCAGGCAGACUCUCUCUUCCUUAGAUCCUACGCCCCCUCCCGAUGCUAUCGAAUCUGUCUCCAAAAAGAUGCAAAUCGAUCACCUUCUGGAUCUGCCGUCUGUGUCGUUGUCCUCAGGCCAAACUCGGAGAGCUAGGAUAGCGGCGGCAUUGUUGACGAAACCCGUUUUGCUCAUUUUUGAGGAUCCAAUGUCUGGCUUGGAUGUGAACUCGAGGGAUCAAGUGUCAGCCAUCCUAGGUGAAAUCAACGCGAAAUGUGAUCCGGCGAUCGUGCUCGUGCUCAGGGGCAAGACGGGCGAUAUACCAGCGUGGGUCACCGACAUCUGCGAGAUUCGGGAUGGAAAUGUGUGGAUUGGAUCUAGAGAGGUCUGGGAGCAGGAGAAGGCGGCCAGUAUAGGCUCUGACAUUCAUCAGAGCUCACCUGAGGUGAUCGAAUCAUCGAGUCCGCCAUCGGCCAAUGAGGCCAUUGAGCCUGUCGUUGCGAUGAGCAGAGUCUCUAUAUCCUACGGGGAGGGUAGCCGACCUGUCCUCAAAGAUAUCUCAUGGAGCAUCUUACCUGGAGAGAAAUGGCAUCUCCAAGGAUCAAACGGCUCAGGCAAGACUACUCUCCUGUCCCUUGUUCUAGGGCAUCAUCCUCGAUCCUUUAGUCUGCCAGCUGAAUCUCUCACACUGUUCUCCAAACCACGACGGAUGACGCCGACCCCGAUUCUUCGGACCAUGAUCGGUCACACGUCCCCCGAGAUCUAUGCUGCGUUCCCAAGAGGAAUGGGUCUCACAGCUACUGAGGCAGUCGGAUCAGGAUUUGAAGGCGUAUUCUCCAGGAGGCAGCUGAACGCUGAGCAGAAAGAGCGCGUCAGGUCUCUCCUGGGGCGCUUCAUAAAGCAGUUCACCCCAACCCGCUAUGAUACAGGCUCGACAGCUGAAGCAGAAAGCGUCACCUCGAUCGGUCGACGACCUUUCGCACACUUCACGGCGCCUCAACAAGCCCUUCUGCUCUUCCUCAGAGCAGUGGUCUCUCGACCCAAGUUGUUGGUCCUCGACGAGCCAAGUCAAGGUCUGGAUGAAGUGACUUGGGAUCAAUGUUGCCAAUUAUUGGAGGCGGAAUGGAAGGAGAUGCCUGAGCAGGCUGUCAUCGUUGUCAGCCACUACGACGAUGAGGUCCCGUGGUCCAAAAGUCGUGGUCGCGUAUUGAAGCUAGCAGAUGGUCACGCCACGCUGUCAUGA